GGAAAUAAGGAAAUUCCUAGUGCUUCUCGAUUACUUCAGUCUGUUUGGAAAGCAAAGCGAGUCCUUUACAAGCCUUGUGAUGGUCAAAUACAUCCGGUUGUUGGCCAGGCACAUCAUAUAGGUAGGAAAGACAUGUCCAUUUGGUGGUCAGGUAUAUAUAUAUAUAUAUUUAUAUAUUCAGUAGCCAAGAGAUCUAAAUUUUCAAUACUCGGCGAACAUUCUAAACAGGUCAUGUAGGAUGUUAAACGUAUAGACCAGGCAUCUCCGAACCACGAUACCAAUCAUCAUCUGACAACAGACUUGAUGAUGCUUAAUCAACGAAAAGGACAUAAAUUUGAAAGCACAUUAAAAAAGAACAUUUGGAAGCAAAAUGAAAAAAAGAAGCACAAUAUAGAAGAAGCACAUUUUGAAGAAUAUUGAAAAAAGGAAGCACAUUUAACGAAAAGAAAGCACAUUCGAUAUUUAAAGGAAGCAUAUUUGGAAGAACAUUGAAAAAAGAAAGCACAUUCAACAAAAGAAAAGGAUAUGAAAUACACACACCGGACACACAAUACACACACCAGACACACAAUAGUCUAACAAUACGAAUGCUGGACACACAAUGAACAUGCAAUACGCACACAGGACACGCAAUGGACAUACAAUACACACACUCACACAGGACACAUAAUGGACACUCCACUAGGAGCCAGGUUCCUACACAAUUUGCAAAGUAGGUCGGGCUUCUGUUUGACCAUAAAUACGCUAAAUCUGAAUUAGUUAUUGCUUAAAAAAAAUGUCCGAUGAUGAAGAAAUUAUGUUUUAAAAUUAUUCAAUUUAACAACACCGAUUUAAUACAAAGAGAAAACUCCGGUCGUUUGACUUUCGGGUGACAGUUAGUACACUGGCCAUGAUGGCCGUUCGUAAAGUUGCACUGCGUUGCACACAUUAGCGUUCAGGUUGCGCGCACUGACGCAUAUGCCCUGUCACGUCAGCAAUGAGGAGUAGUGGUUUGCGCGCCACGUAUAUAAUAAAAGUAAAUUAGAAAGCAAUGAUAAGAGCACGAGAUAUAUUAAAUUCGCAAUAAUUCGUAAGUUAUUUAAAGCGUAAACAAACACGGUUACUUUUGCAGCCAAAAACUCUGCUUAUAUUGGUCGCACGGAUUAACAUCGUAAACGAAAUAGCUGGGAAUUGUCGAAAUAGUUCGUUUCCCUUUGCGUGCCAUUGUAAAUACUCCGUUCAAGGAGUUUCGUCUCCAGUUUACGUGAUCCGUCACUACUUUGUGUCGUUAAACUAAAAUAUAAAUGGGUCAUGUUCACUACACGAUACCUUUUUUGUUAUGGGCAUUUCAAAAAUAAAUUAUUAAAAAAAAAAAUUGAGGGUGUGGUGUUUUUGGCGCUGCUUAUGUUUUUCGUAUAUUCUGCUAGAUCAUGUUCAGGUGACAGUGGUCUCGGGAGAGAGCUCGCGGAGAGGGGGGCCUCGUCAUGACGAUCCUGUGUGUCGGCAUCGCCUGUCUCGACAUAGUCCACGUGUGCAGUUCGUACCCUAGCGAGGACUCCAAAACGAGGAGCACGGACCACUGGUGGCAGCGCGGCGGCAAUGCGUCCAACAGCUGCACGGUGCUGUGUGCUCUGGGCGCGCGCUGCGAGUUCCUGGGGACCCUCGGCACCGGCCCCAACGCGAGGUUCGUGCAGGGAGACCUGAGAGCGUGCGGGAUCCGCGCCGAGCACUGCCCGGUGCACGCAGGCUGCGACACGCCGACGUCCGUGGUCAUCAUCAGCAGCAGCAACGGCUCCAGGACCGUCGUACACCACAACAAGGACCUGCUGGAGCUCGAGCUGGAGGACUUCACUCGCCUCGACCUCGCCCCGUACUCCUGGGUGCACUUCGAGGGCCGGAACGUGGCGGCGGUGGCCGGGAUGAUGGAGCACGCCGCUCGCUGGAGCGCCAGCGGGGCCCUCCGCAUCUCCGUGGAGCUGGAGAAGGUGAGGCGGGACCCGGACACCAGCGUGCUCCUGCCGCUGGCGGACUGCGUGUUCGUGGGCCGGGACUUCGCCCGCAGCAGCGGCUGGGACAGCGCUCUCCAGGCGCUCCGAGCCGUGGCCGCGCUCACCAAGCCUGGGGCGACGGUGGUAGUGGCGUGGGGGAAGGAGGGCGCGGUGGGGCGCGGCCCCGACGGAGCCGUGGUGCGCUCGCCGGCGUUCCCACCCGCGCGGGUGGUGGACACGCUGGGCGCGGGAGACACCUUCAACGCAACGACCAUCUGCGCCCUGCGCGCGGGGCGCUCGCUGCAGGACAGCAUCGCCCUGGGCUGCCGCGUCGCCGGGGCCAAGGUGGGCGCGCACGGCUUCGCGCACCUCGCGCAAACGUUCAGCGCCCUCGGUACGGACCACCCUUGGCGUCCCUCAGGCCUACCACUACAAAACGACCUCGCUGUGGGCCGGGUCGGCCGAGCAGCGGGGCAGGUAGCUGACCUUGCAGGAGCGUGCUAUCAGACCCGCCGGCCUCCGCCACGUGAUAACGACCAGUUCCCUGCGCUGCGUGUGUGCGUAUAUAGGCGGCUGCUGUCCGGCUCCAUCGUGCAGGACUAGUUCCCCCAGCGCAGUGACAUGGCCGCCAGGUUCUGUGUGGUGGUGUUGGCAGCCCUGGCGUGUGCGCAAGGACACGGCCUGCUCUUCCCAGCCGUGGUGGAGACGUUCCCCGUCGCGGAGACCGUGGUGCAGCGCCAGGUGGUGGUGGAGCGGCCGCCCCCGCUCGUCGUCCAGCGCCCGCCGCUCAUCAUACAACGGCCGCCGCUCGUCGUCCAGAGGCCGUCAGUCAUCGUCGACACCUGGAAGUGACGCCUGCUCCCCCCACCUGCUCUCCAGUGUAUCAGUUACCUCAUCGGGCUUUACCCCAGCUUUUUGUUAGACAGCACGUCCAAGUUUAAAGCACGCAAUGUCUUUAGUGACCCGACACAUUUUAUCAACAUCAUACAAAAAUAAUUACGAGACUUGGUGACUAGAUACCGAGAACUUGUGAACACCAAGGCAGUGCCCCACCAUAGCAUUAGCGUUCACUAAAAAACCAUGUUUCCUUUUAAACAUCACUUAACUUUGCUCUUUCAGGAGAAAGAAAAAUUGUCUGAGAUCAAAUGUAUUAUAGGGCAUUAACUUAAAUGUUCCCUGCAUUUUACAUAAUUAAGUGCCAGUUUUAAGAGCACAAUGAAAGGUCUAAUUCAGUGCCACAGCGAUACUAGAUUAUCGAAGGUCACUAGUUUUAAUGGGAAUACCAAAGGAAAACAAAAUAAAUAAUGUUAAAUAAAAUGGUAUUAUAACCUGUUGUAAUAAGUUGCUCUGUAGAAAGAAAAAAUAAAGAUGAGUUUCAGUCUUCUUCAAAAAAAAUCAUUAGUGAACUGUACGUGUGAAAAGUAACCCACUGGAAAAUGGGAAACGCCAGCCGGCAGCCAAGGUCAGAAGUUGUAAUACACCGGAAACUAUCAGGUUGUGAGAGGCUCAACUAGUGCUGAACCCAUGCGACGGUGCAUGUGUCACUGUUGCACGUAGUCCGACACUCCACGGUACUUGCGCUGCUGUAGCACGGAGGGCAGGGAAGAGCUGUGGCUGGCUUCAGCCUGUUUUGUACUUGUGUCCACUCUUACAACCUGCACAUGUUGUGUUGUGUCUGCCACGCUUCACUUUACUGAACAAUCUCCAAGCCGUUACAACUUAUCUCCCUCUUUUGUUUACUAAUGUGCUGAUUGAAAAAGUUCAUUACUCACAUAUUAUAUACCAGCAGCUAAUAGAAAUGUUCUGCCAGUUACAGAAAAAGUUCUGCAAAAUGAAGAGCUCAACCAAAAUUUUACAAUAAAAAAAAUUAUUAUACUGUACUGUACUUGAGAAUGUAAAUUUGUUUAGAUAUAAAUUUUUACAUUGAUAAUUUAUUUCAUGUAGUACCAAUUUUAGUAAUAGAAAUAAAACAAUUUAAACAUGACCUACAAAAACAGGAAA